GUAUAUAUUACUUCCCAUGCCAGGUUCUGUUCGUGUGUGAAGCCAGUGCCAGCCCAGACCCUGUCCUGAGCUGGGGGAAGGCUGGAGGAGACCUGCCUGCUGGGAGGGUGGAGUUUGUCAGCAGUGGCUGGAUGAGGAUACGGGAUGUUCAACAGUCAGACGCAGGGGUGUACACAUGCACCGCUCAGAACUCACAGGGAAGUGUCCGUGCCAGUGCUUCCCUGACUGUCCAUGUGGCUCCCACCUUCACACACACUCCUGUGGACCAGACCUGCGGCCUUAGUCAGUCCGUUAGCUUCUCCUGCCAGGCAGCUGGGAUCCCCACACCUCUCAUCACAUGGAUAACCCCUAAUUCAGGUACACUUCCUGCACCCAGCGCACAAGUUGGACCAUCAGGAAUCGCUGUGUCUAGUAACGGGACACUGACCAUUGCUACUGUCAGAGGAGUAGAUGAGGGUGAAUACAGGUGCUUGGCGACAAAUGCUGUAGGGAGAGCCACAUCUUCUGCAACCCUGCAUGUUCAGUAUGGACCAUCUUUUACACGGUUUCCACAAGACACCCAGGCCUUAAUCAAUGAAAGUCCACUCUUGCCAUGCCAAGCUACUGGUGAUCCACUCCCCUCUAUCAGCUGGUUCUUUAAUGGCUCUCCAGUGACUGACAGUCUUAAGUACGACAUAUCCACCGGCGGGAACCUUCAGAUCAUGGGCAUCUCUAAUGCAGAUGAGGGAGCCUACCUAUGCAGGGCGGAGAAUGUGCUUGGUUCUGUGGAACAGAGUGCGUAUCUGUUUGUAUGGAGCCUGCCCGUCUUCACAGUUACACCUGCAGUGGAAACAAUCGUACACACUGGGCAAGACCUGCAGCUACACUGCCAGGCCACAGGUGAUCCAACUCCUACAAUACAAUGGAUGAAGGACAAUACUGUCGUGUCACAGAGUAACAUACAAGUUGCCAGCAAUGGAACUUUGAUUAUUUCAGACAUUGCUGAGGAGAACUUGGGCAGUUACGUGUGCAUAGCACACAACGCUGCCGGCAGCCACCAGGCCCCAGCAAACGUCUGGUUACCUGACGUGCCUAUCUUCACUGUUACUCCUACCAACACUACUGUAAACAUCACCCAAUCCAUUCAAGUACCCUGCAGUGCGACCGCACGGGACACCCCUACAAUCUCAUGGUACAGGCAAGACAAUGCAGGCAAUGAUGUCUUCAUUGGUCAAGGAGUUGGCCAAGGGUCCUUAAAGAAUUCACCAUCAACCAGACUAAGUGUCAGCAACAUUGGCACUUUCAUUAUCACAAGUGUGAGGGAGGAUGACGAAAGUUUCUAUGUCUGUAGAGCAGCCAAUGGUGUAGGUGAAGUUGAAACAGUUAUCUACUUGGAUGUUAAGAUCCCCCCGACGGAUGUUACGUCGAACAGCCCCCAGGUUGUUAUGGAAAAUGACACUGCUACUUUAAACUGUACAUCUAACAGUGACCCGCCAUCUAUGGUCUCAUGGCUUCAUCCUAAUGGUCUCCCAGUAAACCCAGAUGACGGGCGUUUCUUUAUGUUCGGAAAUAGCCUCCAAGUCUCUUCUACCAAUGUGGGUGAUGCUGGGUUCUACCGGUGUGUUCUGAGUAACAUGUUAGGGUCGGCACAUGCCGAUGUGCAGCUGAUAGUACAGGGUCCUCCACAGCUUAUUUCCCUCAGCACUGAGGCCAUUGGAAAUGCGGUAAGGGUGAGAUGUGUCUCGGUUAGCUCUCCCACUGCUGUGGUGUCGUGGUGGAAAGGAGAUGUCAGAAUACUUGGGACAGCAACUCCAGGCCUUACGGUGGAUGAAAACACUGACUUGUACAUCCAUCAUGUGGAUAUGGGAAACUACAUCCAGCCAUCAGACGUUUUCUACUGCAAAGCCACCAACAUAUUUGGCGAGGAUAGCUACAAAAUCACCCGACCCUGUUCCCCAGGUAAACCAUCACUCAUCGAGGUGACUUCGGUGAAUGCCACGUUAACAUGGAGGCAUGAAGACUGCAGUAACAUCCCUUCAUCCUCUUUCACUGUCAAUUACCAGACUGCUGGGAGCAGGAACUGGAUUGUUGCUAGCCAAGUGACAGGACCACCGUACACUGUCGCCAACCUGGACCCAUACAGGUCUUAUUCCUUCCGCGUGCGAGCCAACAAUGCCCUCGGUACAGGUAACUAUAGUGCCCUGUCUGACCAGGUCCAGACCCUGCAGGAUGUACCCUCCCCUCCGAGGUCUGUCAGAGUGUCGGUGAGCACAAACAUUGUCACUGUCAGGUGGACAUCACCCUUGAACUUGAACGGUCCAGCUGGAAACAUUCAGUAUCGAAUUUCAUACCAGAGGGCCGAUGGUAGCAGCCAGGAGGAAGAAGUGACGGUAGCACACAGUCAGCAGACGCCUCUGGAGGAGAGCUUAACCCUGGAACAUGGUCAGACCUACAACAUCAAAGUUAGGGCAGGAAACACAGCUCUAAACAGGUGGAGUAGCUCUGUACAAGUCACGGCAGUGACUCCUCACUUACAGCCAAGCGCACUGCCUACGGUCACAUAUGCAAGAAGUGUGUCGGCUAAUUCUAUACUUAUGAAAUGGUUGAUGUCAGGAGAUGAUUUUGUUGUGGGUUUCCUGGUCAGCUUCCGAGCAGUUGGGAUGAGCACUUUCACGACUUAUCGAAUCCCUGGCCCAGAGUUGUCCCGCUACACGUUUGAAAACCUUGAAACAGAGGAUCAGGAAUAUGAGGUAAAAGUUGCAGCCUACAAUGAGGGAGGAGAUGGCCCAUUCAGUCUGCCCCUGAGAGCAACAGUGUGGGAAGAAGAGGAGACAAGAACAGCAACCAACGAGACUUUGUCAUUAGGUGUAAUCCUGGCAAUUGUUGGCGGCUGUGUGGGCCUGGUACUUCUGCUGGCAGUGGCUGCCUGUGUAGUAUUUGUCCAGCGGAACCAACAGAGGAAAGACCGGCCGAGGCACAGUCUGAGUACAGACCAGCUGUGGGAGGACAGGGAACAGCAGCAAGGUGACGUGUUUGAAACAGGAUCCAUAGAGAGUGGCAGAUCUGGUGUCCAAGGGAGCUAUGAUGUCACUGCUUUUGUCAACGACAGUUUUCGGCCAAUCAUAGAAGAGGAAACUAAUUCAGAUCCUGAAGUAUCUGAUGCUAUGGUUGAACCAGUGGUAGUCCAUGAUGGGAGGAACACAGACUCACACAUCAGGAGACCGGCUGAAGAUCCUGUCCAGCCCAUCCCGGCACCACGCAGGGACAACAACUCAUCUCCUGUUAUCCCAACUCUGAACAUCAUAGAGGAGGAGCCAUCGGCCAGUCUGAGUCCAUCUGAAGAACAGGGUCACGUCGGUGCAACUGGACCUCCUCUCCAAACAGACGACCAAGUCCUGCAGAUAAGCUUCGACAUCCCAGAAGCUUCGGACGACGACAACCAAGACGUCUCGGAGACCCCUCAGCAGCACGAGUACAUGGAGAUCCACGACAAGAUGACUGACUUGAACAACCUGAACCUUCCGCCGCCCGCCGGUGGUCCGAUCUACGCACAGGUGAACAAGGACACCAAGCUGCAGAGGAAACUGCAGAAAGAGAGGGAGGAGAUGGCCAGGCUAGCGGCAAAGGCAGAAGAGAAGAGGAGAAAAGAGGCUAAGAAGUUGAUGGAGAAGGGCAGUGUUGGUGGCGGCACUGCGAGGUCCCGCAGAAGGAGGAGGAAGUUGAAAGCAGCUGAACAGUCGACUCAGAACCAGAGACAGGAGGAUCCCUGGGGGGUCAAUUUGGAGAGAAGGAAGAAAGACAGCGAAAGCGCAGGGCUGUUCUAAUAUAAUGUC